AUGUUCUUGCUUGGUUUAAAACUUCUAAACAGAAUAUUUCCUGCUCACGAUGCACUUUCUGACCGAGUAGAGAAGACCUUGUAUUAUGGUAGACUCCCCUCAACUGACCGACCCAGCUUACCACUCACACAACUAGCUGUUGAACAGUUCGCUAGUGUUGGUCUAGAGAAGCUGGCGCGACUCGACAUAUCCCGCGCAUCAGACAUGGCUAGAGACGCGUACGCGGGUCCAACAUCCCUCGUCCUCGCGUUGAUCUACCUGGACCGACUUAAGAAACAGAAUCCCGAGUAUCUGAGAACUGUUUCCUCCGCGGACCUGUUCCUUAUCUCCAUGAUGGUUGCGAGUAAGUUCCUUCACGAUGACGGAGAGGAUGACGAAGUGUUUAACGAUGAGUGGGCCAAGAGUGGAAAUAUUGAUAUCAAGGAGUUUAACCGACUUGAAAUAGAGUUCCUCUGCGCUAUAGACUGGAAGGUGAAUGUACCAACUGAUGACUUUGAAUCUGCAUUAAAAAAGAUCGAGAAGGAAAUAUCGUAUCGCGAGGUUAGAUCUCGAGGCUCUGCAACAUAUACUGACCUCUAUGUGCUGAGUGGAAGUACUGGGAUGGACCGAAUGCUACGGCUUCUGACCGCCACCAGCUUAAAGAUUACCGCUGUGUGUAUGGCCGCCUAUGCUGCCAGUAUUUUCACAUUUAUCGGAACAACUGCUCUUAUUAAUCAAACUCCCUUCGGACCAACCUCACUCUCUAACUCUAUCCGAACCCUGAGAACCGGUAAAUCUGUCUCUGAACCUGUACCUGAACCUCAACCUGAAAGGAUUAUGACCGCUGCUGACUUGCUUGCCGCUUCGCUGCUGGUCACCACACUUACCUCCGGGUCCGACGAACCUGAGCUAGAGUUCAACUCAGAGUCUCAGAAACUAAAUCUGUCAAGUGCCUUCAAUCUAGAAUCUCCCAUUGGGGAUUACGGAUCAACUCUUCCAAGGAAUGAUUCCAAGCGGCGUGAUGAUGGAUUUGAACCCCCGGACUGGAUGCUGGAGAAUGCAUUUAUCCAUCACGCCACAGGAAAUAUUAAAUCUGGAUCUGUCGAUACAACCUCAAGGUUCACUAAAGGUCUUUCUGAUGGGCAGAAGGAACCUAUAGGAGAAACUUCCCACUGGUCCCGGUCCAUCCUGGAGAAUCUACUGAGCCGGGACCGUGGAGCUAAUCCUUCUCAGUGUCCCUUCAUGAGCUGGGGAACAUCAUCAUGGUUCCAAACCCAACCGCUUUCUAUUCUUGUUUAACUGUCUAAUUCAAAUAUGUUCCACCACUCACUCGAUAAUUUUUUAUUGUUUACUCAUCCCGUUAAUCCUGAUGCAUUAUAAAUCCCUGACUUCCCCCCCCCCCUCUUUUUAUCUCUUAUAAAUCCCUACGAACUCCUGAGAACAUAUUUGAUAUACUAAUGUUCAAAAUCAAAUUUAACUUGUUAUGAAUUUUUGUUUAUACGUAAAUUGCCAGGAUAAUUGGAAUGUACUGAUUUUUUAAAACAGUCGGAUAUUUUAAUUCCUGUUUUUGUUUAUUUACCCAUUGCCCAAGGAGCAAAAAAUUUAUAUAACCAUAGUAAUGAAUUGAGUUAGAAUAAAAUACCCGCCUUUGAUAUUAAUUAUAACAGAUCAUUUUACUUAAAAAUUUAUUCAGAUGCAAGCUUUUCUCAGGGGUCCAAAUAAUUUCCAUCUCUGGUCCAAAUGGGAUCGGGCUUGAAAGUUCAUUUUUGGAGGGAAAAUACAUUUUUUGUGUCAUUGAGCACUUUAGCUAGAUUUUUGUGUUUGUGUACUACACUUUAUAGAAAUGUGUACUGCAAUUGGGGUUUAAAUGACGUAAAUAUCAGUAAUCAAUAAUAUUGAUUCAGUAUAACAGAUAAAUUAUGAUAAACGGAAAAAUUUACAUUUACAUACAUGGAUUUUUUUCGACAUCUUGACAUCGUACUUACAUUUGUUUACAACAAUAACAUGGUGAAUUGUUCCCAGAAUAUUAAUUUAACAUUUAGAAUAGAAUUAGAUGGCAUAUAUUGGACCCCUGGGCCUUUCUAGAUUUCUAUACCGUGUUUAAAUGGUACUGUAAAUAGUCGGAAAUUUGUGUGGAGUAUCAUACAUCUCGAAAUCCCGGCAUGGUCUGACCACCACGAGAUAUCCCGGCAUGGUCGGACCACCACAAGAUAUCCCGGCAUUGUCUGAUCACCACGAGAUAUUCAGGCAGGGUCUGACCACCACGAGAUAUCCUGGCAGGGUCUGACCACCACGAUUUAUCCCGGCAGGGUCUGACCAUCACGAUUUAUCCCGGCAUGGUCUGAUCACGACGAGAUAUCCCGGCAUGGUCUGAUCACGAGUUAUCUCGGCAGGGUCUGACCACCACGAGAUAUCCCGGCAUGGUCUGACCACCACGAGAUAUCCCGGCAUGGUCUGACCACCACGAGAGAUCCCGGCACGGUCUGACCACCACAAGAGAUCCCGACAUAGUCUUACCACCACGAGAGAUCCCGGCAUGGUCUGACCACCACGAGAGAUCUCGGCACGGUCUGAUCACCACAAGAGAUCCCGGCAUGGUCUGACCACCACGAGAUAUCCCGGCAGGGUCUUACCACCAAGAGAGAUCCCGGCAUGGUCUGACCACCACGAGAGAUCCCGGCAUGGUCUGACCACCACGAGAGAUCCCGACAUGGUCUUACCACCACGAGAUAUUCCGGCAUGGUCUGACCACCACGAGAUAUCCCGGCAUGGUCUGACCACCACGAGAGAUCCCGGCACGGUCUGACCACCACAAGAGAUCCCGACAUAGUCUUACCACCACGAGAGAUCCCGGCAUGGUCUGACCACCACGAGAUAUCCCGGCAGGGUCUGACCAUCACGAGAUAUCGAAGAGGAAUAAAAUGAAGCCAUAGAUCUGCAUAAGAUGGAGAUCAAUACUUGAUCCCGGGAUUUACAAUACAUAAGUUCUGACUUCAGAUCAGAUAAUAAAACCUUCAAAUAACAGGUUUGUAGAAAUAUCUAUCACUAAACGGAAUAGGAAGAGGUUUCCAAGAAAAGCCGACAUUUGUUCUUAAUAGAUUUAUUUUUAUAUUCCGCAUUUUUUUAUUAAGUGUAAAAUAUUAUUGUUAUUCGCUCACUCUAAAUUCGGCAUUAUUCAAUCAUUUUGCUUUGAAAUAAAUAUUUAACCAACCUUAAA